CUAUCACCAUCGAGCUCUCAUUCCUCGUUAUCUGCUCGUAACUUCUAAACCAAUCCCCUCGUCACAAGGAAUACGUUUCUAGCACCAACAUGUCACCUCCCUCCGCCAUCGAGCCGACCGAAACGCCCGCCACCAACAAGCCCGCAGGCAACAAUGGACAGGAGAAGGCCGAGCCCAAAGUCAAGAUGCCCAUGUUUGUGGGGCCGCCGAAAUUCGAGGAUCCCUACAAGGAGCGCGAGUACCUGAAGGGCAGACUGGCGGCAGCGUUUCGCAUCUUUGGCAAGUAUGGAUUCGAUGAGGGUGUUGCGGGCCAUAUCACUCUCAGGGACCCCGUCGACAAGGACAGCUUCUGGGUUAAUCCCUUCGGCGUCGCCUUCUCCUUGAUGAAGGCAUCGGAUCUCAUUCGCGUGAGCGAGGAGGGCGAGGUCCUCGAAGGAGGCGAGUGCAGGCUGCUCAACUCGGCAGCUUACAUGAUUCACUCCGCCAUCCACAAGGCGCGGCCUGAUGUCAAUGCUGCUGCGCAUUCGCACACCAUCUAUGGGAGGACGUUCUGUGCGCUGGGGAGGAAGCUGGAUACGAUCACGCAGGACGCGUGUGCGUUUCACAAUGAUCACGUAGUAUACAACUCGUUCAAUGGAGUGGUGCUUGCGGAGGAGGAGGGGAGGAACAUUGCAAAUGCGUUGGGCCAAAAGAAGGCGGCGCUGCUGCAGAACCACGGCCUCUUGACGGUCGGCAAGACGAUCGAGGAGUGCAUCUUUUGGUUCGUGUCACUGGAGAAGUGCUGCCAUACCCAACUGAUGGCGGAUGCCGCUUGUGCUGGGCGGGGAGGGGAGACGGUGAAGAUUGGGGAGGAGGAGGCGCAGUAUACGUAUAAUACCGUGGGAACGCCGAUGGCAGGGUGGUUCAGCGCGAAGCCGAUGUUUGAUGUAAUUCACAAGGAGACGAAUGGCGAAUAUCUGGAGUGAAGGAUGGGAGUAAGAGAGAGGGGUGGAAAGGAGCUUAGAUGAGUUUACAAGACGCUAAGCCUAUUUAGGAUAUCCCCAUUGGGCAAGCUUUGUCUUGCUUCCAAGGUUGAGUGUAGCUGCAACAAGGGCGAAUGACAGAGACAGAAACUUAGCAAAAGAGCUGUUUGCAGGAAGAGUGGACAAUGACUGCAAUUUCGUGGUCCUGCCCUUGAUCAAGGCUGGAAAAGAGAG